AUGGCUUCGUUUUCGAUCAUAUCACUCCUGGUGGCCCUUCGCCUCUUUCUGCUCGUCUCCGCAGCGCCAGCUCCCAGUCCUCAGGCUGUGGCUGCCGACGUCAGCGCCAGCGCCAGCACAUACUGGCUUGCUUCAAUCAAGAGACAGGGAAGCCCGGCUUAUGGCAGCUCUAGCUUCCAAGUUUUCCGCAAUGUCAAGGACUUUGGUGCUAAGGGUGAUGGCUCUACCGAUGAUACCGUUGCAAUCAACAACGCUAUCAGCACUGGAUCUCGCUGCGGCCUGAACUGUGACUCUUCAACUGUGACUCCUGCCAUCAUCUACUUCCCACCUGGAACAUACAUGGUCAGCAAGCCCCUCAUCCAAUACUACUAUACCCAGUUUAUUGGUGAUGCGGUUACACUCCCGACUAUCAAGGCCACUGCCGGAUUUACUGGGAUGGCUCUGAUGGACGCUGAUCCGUAUUUGGAUGGUGGUGCAAACUGGUUUACCAAUCAAAACAACUUUUUCCGCCAAAUUCGAAACUUUAUUAUUGAUACAACUUUAAUGCCAGUUGGAGCUGGAGCUGGUAUUCAUUGGCAGGUUGCACAAGCAACUAGCUUACAGAACAUUGUGUUCAAUAUGAGAACAGAUGGCGGAGACGCGAACAGGCAGCAAGGAAUCUUCAUGGACAAUGGCUCCGGUGGCUUCAUGACUGAUUUGACCUUCAAUGGCGGCAAUUAUGGCGCUUUCUUGGGCAGCCAGCAGUUCACCACUCGCAACCUGGUCUUCAAUAACUGCCGAACUGCGAUCUUUAUGAAUUGGAAUUGGGCAUGGACCUUGUCCGGAAUUUCGAUCAAUAACUGCGGAAUUGGUAUUGACAUGGCCAAUGGAGGCACACAAUCCCAGACCGUUGGCUCUGUUCUGCUUGUUGACAGCACCAUCGCCAACACUCCUAUUGGAAUCUCCACUGCCUAUUCCACCAACGAAGGGGCAACCAAUGGAUCUCUGAUCAUCGACAACGUUGACUUCUCAAACAAUGUCCCUGUAGCUGUCUCAAAUGCGGCAAACAAGGCUACAGUUUUGGCAGGAAACACGAAAGUGGCAUCAUGGGCUCAGGGACGCCAAUAUUCUAGUGGAGCGGCUGGUAAGGUGAUUCAGGGACCGCUAGAUGCUCCUGCCAAGCCUGCUGGUCUUCUGAACUCUGCCGGUCGUGUUUUCACACGAUCAAGGCCGCAGUACGAGAAGGUUCCUGUGUCAUCGUUCAAGAGUGCUAAGGCUGCAGGUUGCAAGGGUGAUGGUAAAACCGAUGACACCAAAGCCAUCCAGGCUUUGUUUGACUCCGCUGGUGCGGAUGAUAUUGUCUACUUUGACCACGGUGCGUACGUGGUCACAGAUACCGUUAGAGUUCCCAAGAAUAUUCGCAUCACUGGCGAAAUUUGGCCUCUCAUUAUGGCUGGAGGAACAGCAUUCAAGGAUCAAGCAAACCCAAAACCAGUCUUCCAAGUUGGACAACCAGGUGAUGUCGGAAACGUGGAAAUUUCUGACAUGAUAUUCGAAACUCUCGGCCCACAACCCGGCGCCAUCCUGAUGGAGUGGAAUCUUAAGGGAGCAUCUCAAGGUUCAGCGGGAACGUGGGACGUCCACUUUCGCAUUGGAGGCUCAGCCGGCACCCAAUUGCAAUCUAGUACCUGCUCCAAAAACCCGAGCGUCAUUCAAGCAGCAAAGCCUGAGUGUGUUGGCGCCUUUCUCCUCCUCCAUGUCACCUCGACAGGAUCAGUUUAUGUGGAGAAUAAUUGGUUCUGGGUGGCGGAUCACGAGCUCGAUCUUGGCGACCAUAACCAGAUCAAUAUCUUCAACGGCCGUGGUGUUCUUGUUGAAUCUGCUCAAGGCCCCGUGUGGCUGAUGGGUACUAGCUCGGAACACAACGUUCUUUACAACUACCAAAUUUCAAACGCCGCAAAUGUAUAUAUGGCGCUCAUUCAAACCGAGACACCUUACUUCCAGAGCAACCCGGAUGCUACCACGCCAUUCACAUCGAAUGCUAAAUUCUCGGAUCCCUCAUUCUCAGGCACUGCCAGCGUAAAUAAGGCAUGGGGUCUUCGUGUUGUCAACUCCAAGGAUGUCUACGUUUUCGGUGGCGGUCUCUAUUCAUUCUUUGAAAAUUACUCGCAAGACUGUCUCGCCAACCAAAACUGCCAAGAUAAUAUGAUUUCUCUAGAGAAAUCUAGUGGAGUCCAUCUGUAUGGUAUCUCUACCAAGGCGGCAAAGAAUAUGGUCACCGUGAAUGGCAAUAGCGCGGCGUUGGAUAAGGAUAACCGAAACAACUUCUGCGCUGCCAUUUCCGUCUUCCAAGUAUAA